AUGAGUGGUAUUGUGAAGCAACUUGCUUCACGCAAAAAAUUAUUGAAGAAAGCUCGAGAUAAUCUUGUUACGGAGACUAGCACUGCUGCAGCAGUCGAUGAGAGUUUCGAACGUGAAGAAUUAGAUUACGAAGAGGAUGACGACGAGGAACAUAAAGAAGAGAGAACAGGGAGAUUUACUUCAGAGAGAAAACCUGCUGAUGCGACACCACCCACUAGCACAAACAACAUAGAUAAAGUGGAAGGAAGGCGUCAAAGCGGUGGUGAUAAUCGGAAUCAUAACAAUAAUCAAAAACAAUGGCGCAAUGGCAGUGGACGAGGAAAUGGUCGUGGUCGCGGAAAUAAUGGGCAUCGUUAUAGGGGUGGUCCCAACAUGCAGUAUGGUGGACCCAUGCGCAUGCAGCAAGGACCAGGUAUGGUAAAUGGACCAACUCCAUUACUCUCGCUGAAUACGCAAGGUCUGUACCCACCUUCGGGAGGAAAAAUUCUUAUCAAUCCUAAUUUCCGAGGACCUAUGGGACCACCUGGACCAGGACCGUUAGGUCCUGCAGGUGUGCUACCUCUGGUAGGUGCGCCAUCUGUGCUACCAACAAUUGUACCCGGACAAGGUCCUAUCAUUCCCCGUUUACCUAAUGGUAUACCUCUUACAGGUAAGAUCUACAUUGUGAUGUUUGGUUGUGGCGUUUACGACAGCACAUAA